AUGUUUAAAUUAUCAACGGGCGAACCUGGCGUGAUCCGGAACCUCCAGUUCCUCCAGCGUCCGACCAGAGUAUCGGCCCCGCUGGGAACGGACGCCGUGCUGGAAUGUUCCGCCUCGGGGUACCCGACCCCAAGCAUCCAGUGGAGGAGAGGAGAUGAAGUCAUCCAGAGCUGGAACAAGAAGUUCUCUCUGCUGGCAGGCAGUAACCUGAUCAUCAGAACCAUCACCGACGAUGACUCCGGCACCUACAUCUGCACCGCCACCAAUAAGAACCAGAACAUCACAGCACAGGCAGAACUUGCCGUCCUUGUUCCUCCUCAGUUCCUGAACUACCCGACCAACACACACGCCUACGAGUCCACCGACAUCGAGCUGGAGUGCGCCGUGACAGGAAACCCGCCACCCACAGUCCGCUGGAUGAAGAACGGGGAGGAGGUCAUCCCCAGCGACUACUUUCAAAUGGUGGACGGCACCAACCUGCAGAUUCUGGGUUUGGUCAAGUCGGAUGAAGGCUUUUAUCAGUGCGUCGCUGAGAACUCUGCCGGCAGCUCACAGGCCAUGGCUCAACUGUUGCUACGGGAACCAGUGUCUCCCAGCCCAGGCGUUGCACUCCCCUCUGCCCCCCGUGACCUGGUCCCUGUCCUAGUGUCCAGCCGCUUCGUCCGACUCAGCUGGUGGCCCCCAGAAGAGACUGGAGGAGGCGUACAGACCUACGGCAUCUAUUACUCCCAGGAUGGGGUAGAGAGGGAGCGGUCAGUGAACGUGUCAGAGCCGGAGACACUGGAGUUGACCGUGUCCAACCUGAAGCCCGAGGAGAUGUAUGGCUUCAGGGUGGUGGCAUACAAUGACAUGGGGCCUGGAGAGAGCUCCACCCUCCUGAAGAUCUCCACCAAACCUGACCUUCAAGUUCCCAGCAGAGUGGAGUCUCUUCGAGCCUUGGCUCUGUCUCCAACCUCCAUCCAGGUGAGAUGGGAGCCCCCAGGCUUUCCAAAUGGCCCUGUCCUGGGCUACAGACUGCUGUGGACCGAGAGCCCGUCAGGGAAAGAACAGAGUGUGGAGGUCAGCGGACUCAACUACAAGAUGGACGGACUCAACAAGUUCACAGAAUAUACCAUUCGGGUUCUGGCUAUCAACCGUUAUGGACCAGGAACCACUUCUGAGACCGUCAGAGUCACGACCCAUUCAGAUGUGCCCGGUGCUGCUCCUCAGAACAUCACCUUAGAGGUCGUCCUCUCCAGGAGCAUCAAGGUGUCAUGGCAGCCACCGCCUCGCAACGCUCAGAAUGGGCUCAUCUCCGCCUACAAGAUCAGGUACAGGAAGACUGGUCGCCGCGGAGACCAGGAGGCCAUCGAACCCAACAACUUCUGGUACCUGUUCACAGGUUUGGAGAAGGGCAGUCAGUACAGUUUCCAGCUGGCAGCAAUGACGGUGAAUGGGACAGGUCCGGCCAGCGAUUGGUACAUUGCAGAGACCCCGGAGAACGACCUGGAUGAGAGUCAGGUACCCGACCAGCCCAGCUCCCUGCAUGUCCGCCCUCUGCCCAAUAGCAUAAUCAUGUCCUGGACUCCACCGCUCAGCCCCAACAUCCUGGUCCGAGGUUACAUCAUUGGAUACGGCGUGGGAAGUCCAUACGCAGAGACGGUCUGCGUGGACAGCAAACAGAGAUAUUACUCCAUCGAAAACCUGGAGCCCAGCUCGCACUACGUCAUCUCCCUGAAGGCCUUCAACAAUGCCGGAGAAGGAGUUCCACUGUACGAGAGCGCCGUCACCCGGUCCCUGACAGUGCCAGACACCAGCACCCCCAUGAUCCCACCAGUAGGAGUCCAGGCCAUAGCCUUGUCCUCGGACUCUGUUCGAGUCUCCUGGGCCGACAACUCCAUGACAAAGAACCAGAAGUCCUCGGAGAUCCGGUACUACUCCGUCAAGUGGAAGUCCAGCUUCUCGACCGGUGGAAAGUUCAAGUCUGCAGACACCACGGCUCUGAGCCACACCGUCACCAGCCUCAAACCAAACACCAUGUAUGAGUUUGCCGUCAUGGCCACCAUAGGUCGCAAGUCCAGCACGUGGAGCAUGACGGCGCAUGCCACCACGUACGAAGCAGGUUACAUCUUGUACUACACGCUGGAUAAAAACAUACUGAUCGAUGACUGGGCAAUGGAGGCCAUUAGCGGUGACCGGCUGACCCACCAGGUCGUGGAUCUGAACCUUGACACUGUUUAUUACUUUAGGAUUCAGGCCAAGAACGCCAAAGGGGUCGGACCCCUAUCCGAGCCCGUCCAGUUCAGGACAGCCAAAGUGGAACUUCCUGACAAGAUGGCCAACGAUCAAGGUCAACGAGGAGAACAUGCCUACUGGCCUUCUGACACCAACCAGAUUGACAGGAGCGGCAUCAACGAGUCUCCCAUCAGUCAGAUGAGGCCACCUCAUGGCAGCGUGACACCUCAGAAGAACAGCAACCUACUGGUCAUCAUUGUGGUUUCCCUGGGAGCCAUCACCGUAGUGGUGGUCGUCAUUGUGGCACUCAUCUGCACCCGCCGCUCCUCCGCCCAGCAGAGGAAGAAGAGGGCAAGCCACAAUGCCAGUAAAAGGAAAGGCAGCCAGAAGGAGCUGCGGCCACCAGACUUGUGGAUCCACCACGAGGAGAUGGAGAUGAAGAAUAUGGAGAAGGCUCCGACUGUGGCUCCGUCUGGACAUGACUCACCCAUCAAGUCCUGCCAGGACCUGCCCCAGGUAGCUCACAGCCAAUCAGAGAGCCAGAUGGGCAGCAAGAGCAGUCACUCAGAAGCCGAUGCCGAUGAGGCAUCCAGCGGGAUCUCCACAUUGGACCGCUCGCUUGCCACCUGCAGGGGGACACGCAGCAAAAUGAUGAUUCCAAUGGACUCUCAGCCGAGCAACACACUGAUGCCCUCAGACGCCUCCACCAGCCCUCUCCUCCAGCAGCAACCCACUUCCCAGCAGACUGCUCCCCAGCUGCCCGGAUCCUCUGUUCCAACCGGGGUGCUCAUAGCCCCCGUUGGCCCGGUGCCAGGGGCCCCUGCCACCGCAGUCGCCUCUGAGGAGGCCCAAGCAGGAAACGGUCGGUGCAUCCCAACGGCCUGCGUUAGGCCCACCCACCCGCUCCGAAGCUUUACCAACCCACUGCUGCCCCCACCAAUGGGAACCAUCGACCCCAAGGUUUACACUUCCAUGAUACCACAGUCCACUGCAAGCCUUCCCAAGCCCCAGGUGAAGACAGCCUCUUUGGGUCAGACGGGUAAAGCUCGAUCUCCAUUGUUGCCCGUGUCAGUACCGACGGCGCCGGAGCAGCAGGAAGAGGGAGAAACAACGCCGGCAGAGGAUCCAACUAACAACGUUUACGAGCAGGACGACCUAUCGGAGCAGAUGGCCAGCCUGGAGGGGCUGAUGAAACAGCUCAACGCCAUCACAGGCUCCGCCUUUUAA